UCACCUUGGAUCAGCCGGAUCAGCCUCGUUUUUCGUUGAUCAUUCAAGACACGUGGAAAAACAAAUGUAGUUACUUUGUUAUUUAUAAUUAUAAUUAACAAAGUAAUUUGUUUAUUGAGUAAAUAAAAUAUUCAAAUAAACAAACAUCAAAAUGUCGUCAGUGUACAAUUUCAAAAAAAUAACAGUGGUCCCAACAGCAAAGGUAUUUACUAAAUUUAAUAAAAAUUUUUUAGGGUUAUUUUUUCCAUUACCACAUGUUUAAUAAAAUAAUAAUUUUUUUUAUUGAUACAUUAUUACAUAUUCGUGCAAAAUUAUCUCGUAAGAAAAGUAAAAUUUACUCAACAAACAUUUCAUGAUCGUUUAUCACAAAUAAUACAAGAAUUUCCAAAGCUUGAUGAUGUACAUCCUUUUUAUGCUGAUUUAAUGAAUGUUCUUUAUGACAAAGAUCAUUACAAAUUAGCUCUUGGUCAAACAAAUACAGCAAGACAUUUAAUUGAUAAUGUAGCAAAAGAUUACGUUAGAUUAUUAAAAUAUGGUGAUUCAUUGUAUCGUUGUAAACAGCUUAAAAAAGCAGCACUUGGUCGUAUGGCAACAAUAAUGAAACGUCAAGGUUCAAAUUUAACAUAUUUAGAACAAGUACGUCAACAUUUAGCUCGUUUACCAAGUAUUGAUCCAUACACACGUACAAUAAUCAUAUGUGGUUUUCCAAAUGUUGGUAAAAGUAGUUUUAUCAAUAAAAUAACACGUGCUGAUGUUGAAGUACAACCAUAUGCAUUUACAACAAAAUCAUUAUACGUUGGACAUACUGAUUAUAAAUAUUUAAGAUGGCAAGUUAUUGAUACACCAGGUAUAUUAGAUCAUUCACUUGAAGAUCGUAAUGUCAUUGAAAUGCAAGCUGUAACAGCACUUGCACAUUUACGUGCUGCUGUAUUAUAUGUUUGUGAUGUAUCUGAACAAUGUGGUCAUACUAUUGAAGAACAAGUACAUUUAUUUAAAUCAAUUAAACCUUUAUUUAAUGAUAAACCAUUGAUUGUUGUUGUUAAUAAAAUUGAUGUAUUAAGUAUGAAAGAUUUAAGUGAUGAUAAACGUAAAGCACUUGAAGAUUUAAUGGACAAUGGUAAAGUACCAAUUAUGGAAAUGAGUACAGUUAAUGAUCAUGGUGUUAUGGAAGUUAAACAAGAAGCAUGUGAACGUUUAUUGUCAUAUCGUGUUGAUCAAAAAAUUAAAACUAAAAAAGUUGAUGGUUUAUUAAAUCGUUUACAUGUUGCAUUACCAACACCACGUGAUGGAAAAUCACGUCCAGUAUGUAUACCAGAUAGUGUACUUGCUAAGAAAAAAAUUAUUGCUGAUAAACAAAAGAAAAUACAACAACAACAACAACAACAAGGUGGUGAAGAAGAAGAAGAAGAAAAUAAAACAACAAAUAAACGUAAAUUGGAACGUGAAAUUGAAGAAGCAGAAGGUGAUGAUUAUGUUCUUGAUCUUAAGAAAAAUUAUGAUAUUGAAGGAGAACAAAAAUUCGAUAAUAUACCAGAAAUAUGGGAAGGACAUAAUAUUGCUGAUUACAUUGAUCCUGAAAUUCUUGCAAGAUUGAAUGACUUAGAAAAAGAAGAAGAUGUAAGAACUGAAACAGGAAUUUAUGAUUAUAAAGCACCAGAAUUAACACCAACAAUGAUAGACAUACAAAAUCUUGCUAAAGAAAUUCGUGAAGCUAGAAUGAUCAUGAAAGAAGAAUCACGUAUUGUCAAACAAUCAACAAAAUCACAUAUGCCACGUACUGCUGCAGCACAAGUACGUGGAAGAUCAGUAACAAGAUUAAAGAAUGAAAUGGAAAAACUUGGUGUUAAUGUGGAUGAUAGGGAAGAUGCACAUUUCGCUAAAACACGUGGACGUUCUAGAUCAGCAUCUGGACCAAGUAAAAAACGUAUGCGUGUUGAAUCAGUUGGACGUAGUUUAUCACGUGGACGUAGUGCAUCUAGACCUCGUGAUGAAAUGGGCAUCAAGGAUAUUGCUAUGAAAGACAAGCUUAAAAAUAUUGCACACAAAGCUAUCUCAAAGAAGGUUGGCAAGAAAGGUCUUAAGGGUGAAGCUGAUCGUUUUAUUGGUACCAAAAUGCCUCGUCAUCUUUUCGCUGGCAAAAGAGGUGUUGGAAAAACUGAUAGAAGAUAAUUUUUACAAUUUAGCCUUUUUUUUUUCUUUCUUUA